AUGGAAUCAUCUCUGCUGAAGCCCAAGUUCCACCUGGACCUGUGGGUCAGUUUCACCAUCCAGAACUGGCUGCUGGACUUCGGGAGGCCCAUUGUCAUGAUCAUCCUCCCUCUAGAGUGGUUCCCCCUGAACAGACCCAGUGCUGGGGACUACUUCCACAUGGCUUACAACAUCAUCACACCCUUCCUGCUUCUCAAGCUGAUCGAGCGUAGCCCCAAGACCCUGCCCCACUCCGCCGUGUACCUGUGCAUCAUCACCUUUGUGAUGGGCGCCAGCAUCCACCUGGUGGGUGACUCCAUUAACCAUCGCCUCCUGUUGAGUGGCUACCAGCUCCAUUUGUCUGUCAGAGAGAAUCCCAUCAUCAAGAACCUCCAGCCUGCCUCUCUGAUAGAUUCAUUUGAGCUACUUUACUAUUAUGAUGAAAAGCUUGGCCAUUCUAUGUGGUAUGUUCCCUUCUUCCUCAUCCUCUUCCUCUACUUCACUGGUUGCUUCACACACAUCAAGGAGGAGAAGAGGAUGCCGCUCGCUGCUUGGUUUCUUCUCGCUCCCAGCGCCGUCUACUAUUGGUACCUGAUCACAGAGGGCCAGAUCUUCAUCCUCUUCAUCUUCACCUUCUUCGCCAUGACGGCCACAGUGAUGCACCAGAAACGUAAAGGCUUUGUCCCCGAUAGCAAUGGGCUCUUCCUGCUCUACAGUUUCUCCAUCGCCCUGGGUCUGGUCAGCGUCUGGGUGGCUUGUCUCUGGAGCGACCAGGUCCUCCGCAAGAAAUACCGCGGGGUCAUCUACAUACCGGAGCCUUGGGCCUUCUACACUCUGCACAUCAGAGACAAGGGGGCAUCAGCUUGA